GAAAUACGUACGACAGAUCCAUUAUAGUUGACGGAGAAGAGGCAUCUCUCGUGGUGUUUGAUAUAUGGGAGCAGGAUGACAGCCAAUGGCUUCAGAACCACUGUAUGAAAAUGGGAGAUGCCUAUAUUAUUGUGUAUUCAGUGACAGACAAAGUUAGUUUUGAAAAGGCUUCUGAGCUAAGAAUCCAGCUAAGAAGAGCGAGGCAAACAGAAGACAUUCCUAUUAUUCUUGUGGGCAAUAAAAGCGACCUGGUCAGGUCCCGGGAAGUCUCUGUUGAUGAGGGACGAGCCUGUGCCGUUGUGUUUGACUGCAAAUUCAUUGAGACCUCAGCUGCUCUUCAUCAUAAUGUCAAGGACCUGUUUGAAGGUAUUGUUCGGCAAAUCAGACUUCGCAAAGACAGUAAAGAAGACAAUGCUAGGAGAAUGGCCAACACAAAAAGAAGAGAAAGCAUAGGCAAAAAGGCAAAGCGAUUCCUGGGGAGAAUUGUGGCAAAGAACAAUAAGAAGAUGGCUUUCAAAGCAAAAUCAAAGUCUUGCCAUGACUUAUCUGUGCUUUAGAAGCUUUCAGCAAGGCCCAGUGUUGCACAUGGGUGAUGAAAUGCAUUGAACUGUUAUGAGAAGUGUGUAGAUAAUCCUCAUGGUGAUAACAAGAAUGACUUGUCAAUUUGGACUCUCGUUAAUGCCUUAAGGUGUGCAAGCCAGUCUGGAAGCUGCACUGCAAUGUCUGCUUCAUUGAUAAAUGGGUUUGUUUCGAUGUGUGCAAGCAAAUGAACUAACUUUAAAUAAGUGGCUUGACAUGCCUACAUUUUCACUGUGUACAUAUGUUAUAUAUUCUCUUGUCCUGUGGAUACCAGAGAUGCAAAGAUAAGAAAGGAUAAGUAUCACCAUAGACUUAUCUUGUUUGCAGAGCAAAACUUAAACUUGUACGCAGGCUCGUACACUCUUUUUAGUAUAAAACAAGCAAUGAUAAAUCUUUUUAAACUUAAACGUUGGUGGGGGGAGUAGAACCACAUUAGAAUGGGAGAAAACAAAUUAUAUAUAUAGUUAAAUACAGAACAGAUAUCAUUUUAUGAAGUUAAUUUGCACUUCCAUUGACAGUUAUUCAAUUAAUUUGUUACUUGUUUACAUGCAGAUUUUAUAAUAAAGUAUUAUUUCCUGUUAUAAUAAA